ACUCAGCCUUCUCCUUUGGAGCAUAGGGAUUCAGCUUACCAACAGCCUCCUUCUUUGGAGCAUAGGGAUUCAGCUCACCAACAGCCUCCUUCUUUGGAGCAUAGGGAUUCAGCUCACCAACAGCCUGCUCCCCAUGUAGAUACUGCAGUGUCAGAUGAUUCUUCAAGUCUUAAGAAGCAAAAUGUUGUGGCUAAUAAUGGAGCUCUGAAGCCGGGUUCAGAAAACAGGGUGAAGAUCAAUUUGGCUUCAAGGUCUAAGCAGGAGAUGUGGGAAUUGAGGAGGAAGCUGGAGAGUGAGCUUGAUUUGGUGAGGAACUUGAUGAAGAGGAUUGAGGUUAAAGAAGUGCAAAUUAGUAAUUCCCAUGCCCCCGUGAAUGAUAGUGUUGAUUAUGGAUUCAAGAGGCUUCAACCAGAGUUGAUUUCAGUCAGUAUUCCUCAGGAGCCUGUCAAGCAAUUAAGGCCUUUGAACCAGUUGAAUAUUCCUGUCUUGGAGAAUAGUCAGGUUGUAAGUGAAAAUAUAGAGGAGGAGAAGAGAAUGCCUAAGGCAAACCAAUUCUAUAGGAAUUCAAAGUUUUUGCUUGCGAAAGAUAAGUUUCCCCCAGCAGAGAGUAACAAAAAGUUGAAAUUAAAUGGGAAGAAGAAUGGAGGAAGUGAAUUAAAUCGUGGGUUUGGUAUGGGUAACAAGUGCUUUAAGAGUUGUAUCCCUUUGCUUGAAAGACUAAUGAAGCAUAAGCAUGGUUGGGUCUUUAAUGCCCCUGUUGAUGUCAAAGGUUUGGGUUUGCAUGAUUACUAUAGUAUCAUUAAGCAUCCCACGGAUUUGGGUACUGUGAAAUCAAGGCUUAACAAGAACUGGUACAAAUCGCCUAGAGAGUUUGCAGAGGAUGUGAGACUAACAUUUCACAAUGCUAUGACAUAUAAUCCCAAGGGGCAAGAUGUUCAUAUAAUGGCUGAGCAGUUAUCAUAGAUAUUCGAGGACAAAUGGGCUGCUAUAGAGGCAGACUAUAUUCGGGAUAUGAGGCUUGCAAUGGAAUAUGAAACUAGUCUUGCCACGCCGACUCCAAGAAAGGCACCUCCAAUGCUACCCCCUCCACUUGAUAUGAGAAGGAUUCUGGAUAGACCAAAUUCAAUGAUGGUCCUUGAUGAUCUGAGACCAAAACUCAUUGCUACUACUCCUUCAGGUAGGAUCCCUACUCCAAAAAAGCCUAAGGCAAAGGAUCCGUAUAAGAGGGACAUGACUUAUGAAGAGAAGCAGAAGCUUAGCACCAACCUUCAGAGUUUGCCUUCAGAGAAGCUGGACAAUAUCGUACAGAUUAUUAAAAAAAGGAAUUCGGAUCUCUUCCAGCAUGACAAUGAAAUUGAAGUGGACAUUGACAGUGUGGAUACUGAGACACUUUGGGAGCUAGAUAGAUUUAUUACCAACUACAAGAAAAGUUUAAGCAAAAAAAAGAGAAAAGCUGAACUUGCCAUUCAAGCUAGAGCAAAAGCAGGGCAGACUGUACAAGAGAAGUUGCAGACCCAACACCUGCUUUGGUUGAUGAAAUGCCAAAGGAAGCCACAACUAACGAGCAGAAUAUGUUUGCAUCAACCGUUGAAGUGGAAAAACAUGGAGAUAAUGCUAGUAGGUCAAGUAGUUCAAGUAGCUCCAGCAGUGAUUCCGGGUCUUCAUCAAGUGAUUCUGAUAGUGAAAGUUCCUCAGCAUCUAAAUCUAAGUCUGAUGCUGGACAUUCACCAAGGUCUUGAAUUUUUUUUCUUUCAUUCAGUGGCUGAUCUAAGAAUUUAGAGUAGGGUGCGGAUGAUCCAUUGCGAUCCUGAAGCUUUGCAGAUUCUGUUUUAUGAUUUUUGAAGUUGCAUUAGGUGUGCGUAUGGUGGAGCUCUUGAGUGCCUCGAGCUCAGAAGCGUAGAGGCACCAGCCAUUUAGCCACUGAAGAGUGCCAGCAGGGCAAUCUGAUGUGGACUAUCAUGUAUAAUAUAAGAUGUGGUAUCCAAUGCUUAGGAGAAGUUGGGUUUGUUUUGCGUAGCACCUGUACAUUGCUAAUUACUGCUGCUGCUGCUGCUGCUGCUCAAGCUAAUAGUUGUAGGGAACGUUUGAUUCUUGUUAUAUAAAAGCAGAUGCUGGCAGAUUCAGGAUUCUAAAUUCAUGUUAUACACGGAAAGUAGCAUUGUAA